AUGAUUGAGGAGGGCCGGGAGCCGGAGCCAGAGGGGCCCCAGGGCUCGUCCCCGGGGUCAGGCUGGCACUCCGGGGCUCCCGCCUCAGAUCAGUGUCCCCCUCCACCCACGCCUGCCCCGUGGAGCCUGCCCCGCUGGAGAGCAUAUGUGGCUGCGGCAGUGCUCUGCUACAUCAACCUCCUGAACUACAUGAACUGGUUCAUCAUCGCAGGAGUGCUGCUGGAUGUACAGAAGUUUUUUCAGAUCGGUGACAGCAGUGCUGGUUUGCUUCAGACGGUCUUCACCAGCUGCCUGCUGAUGUCUGCACCCGUGUUUGGCUACCUGGGCGACCGCCACAGCCGCAAAGCCACGCUGAGCUUUGGGAUCCUUCUCUGGUCAGGAGCAGGCCUUUCCAGCUCCUUCAUCUCCCCCCGGUAUUCCUGGCUCUUCUUCCUGUCCCGGGGAGUGGUGGGCAUUGGCACUGCCAGCUACUCCACCAUCGCGCCCACUAUCCUGGGCGACCUCUUUGUGAGGGACCUGCGGACCCGGGUACUGGCUAUCUUCUACAUCUUUAUUCCUGUUGGAAGUGGCCUGGGCUACAUGCUGGGGUCAGCUGCGAAGGCGCUGACUGGGAACUGGCGUUGGGCCCUCCGAGUCAUGCCCUGCCUGGAAGCCGUGGCCUUGAUCCUGCUUGUCACGCUGGUUCCAGACCCACCUCGGGGAGCUGCUGAGAAGCAGAGAGAGGUGGCCAUGGUGGCCAGCUGGUGUGAGGAUGUCAGAUACCUGGGGAGAAACUGGAGUUUUGUGUGGUUGACCCUUGGAGUGACAGCCAUGGGCUUCGUGACUGGAGCUGUGGGCUUCUGGACCCCCAAGUUUCUGUUCGAGGCUCGUGUAGUGCGUGGACUGCAGCCUCCCUGCUUCCAGCAGCCAUGUGACAGCCAGGACAGCCUGAUUUUUGGGGCACUGACCAUUGCGACUGGCAUCAUUGGGGUUGUCCUGGGAGCAGAGGCUUCAAGGAGGUACAAGAAAGUGAACCCGCGGGCUGAGCCCCUCAUCUGUGCUUCUAGCCUGCUCGCUUCAGCCCCCUGCAUCUACCUGGCUCUCAUCCUGGCUCCAAUCAGUCUCCUGGCCUCCUAUGUGUUCCUGACCCUUGGGGAACUGCUUCUGUCCUGCAACUGGGCACUGGUUGCUGAUAUCCUGCUGUCCGUGGUGCUGCCCAGAUGCCGGGGGACAGCAGAGGCGCUUCAGAUCACGGUGUGCCACGCCCUGGGAGACGCCAGCAGCCCCUAUCUCAUUGGACUUAUCUCCAGCGCCCUGCGGGCCAGGCGCCCCGACUCCUACCUGCAGCGCUUCCUCAGCCUUCAGCAGAGCUCCCUGUGCUGUGCCUUCGUCAUUGUCCUGGGGGGUGGCUGCUUCCUACUGGCUGCGCUGCACCUGGAGAGAGACCAGGCUCAGGCCCAGCAGCCUGGCACAGGGACUCUGGACAUGGAGUGCCAACUCCUGCUUCCUGGCCCGGGGGCCUCCACAGAGGACUCCUGA